AUGAGUGGAACGAAGAGUGCGCACAUUUCAAGUGAACAAAAAACACGUUUAAUUUCGUUCAUGCAAGAAAAUAAAGAAUUACUCGAGGGGAAGUUCACAAAGAAUUUUACGUUUAAAACAGCGCAAAACCUGUGGAACAGGGCUGCCGAAGAACUAAAUUCCAUUCCGGGGGCCCGAAAAGACUGGAAACAAUGGAGAAAGACUUGGCAGGACUUGAAGGCUAAAACGAAGUCGAAAAAGGCUGACAUGAUUAAAGAAUCGAAGAAAACCGGUGGUGGGCCACCUCCGGAAGAUCUAGAUUCAGGGGAAGAGAAAAUAAUACAAAUAAUUGGAAAUACCGUUAUAGAAGGUCAAGACGUCCCCGAAUCCACGAUUAGGUUUAAUUGGGAUGGAGAUAGUUCUUCUCAACUGCCAGCAGAAUUGUUAGAGCCGACAGAAGAACAAGUGGAAGAGAAAAAAAAAGAGAGAAUUUUACCCGAAGAAAAACCCCAAUUUUCUAGAAAGCGGAAAGCCCGUCCCGCAGAACGAUUAGACAAGAGUCUAAAAGCAUCAGAGCAGUUGGUCAAACUGACUACGGAAAAAAACAAAAUGAAAGAAAAAUAUUAUGAAAAAAAAAUUCUUUUAUUGGAGCGGCAAGUAAAGGCCAAAGAAGAAAUCGCAGAAUCGCUGAAAAUAAUCGCUAAUAGGUUAAGGAGAAAUAAUGGUAGUCUAUUAUAAAAUAAUAAAUAUAUUUCAUUUAUUUUCAAAAAUAAUUUCUUAUUAUUCGAGCUUGCAUUGUGCGCCCUGCAGCAAGUUGCGGGUUGACUCGCUCGUUAUGUGCAAUUUGCUCAUCAUUGAUAUUCAUACCAAAAUCCACUUCUACCUCAUCGUUGUCUUCUGGUUCUUCUACAUUAUUAGCAAUGCACAUAUUGUGCAAUACUACACAGGCCUUGAUUAUUUUUCCCGCUUUUUCGGGGUGGUAAUGCAACACUCUGUGUUUAAGCAAACACCUAAACCUCAUUUUCAAGACACCAUUACACCUUUCGAUUAUAGAUCGUGUCCUUUUCUGCGACUCGUUGUAUCUACCUUCAGGGGUAUUUGGGACGACAUUUUGAAUUGGCGUCAUGAGCCAUGGCCUAAGAGCAU